GCAGAGCAUUUUUUCCAGACUGCAGCUUGUCAGAACCGGCUGCCCGGAGAGUACGGUAGAAGAAAGUAGGCUCUCUUAGAGUCGCUUCUGGUCCUGCCUUCAUCAUAACUAAAGUUCUUUUGUAGUGUGCCAAAGGAGAUGUCAGACCCAGCGGUGGAACUCACCAACAAGCCCUUCACAGUCCAGUUGUCCAAUGUUUAUCUGAGCAUUCUGGCACUGUUCUGCUUUAAGCUCUUUGUUAAGAUUUCUCUUAACUUGCUGACAUACUUCUAUAUAGUACGUGGGAACCGUAAAGAAGCUGCCCGGAUAUCGGCAGAGUUCUAUGACUACGGUCAACAACACAGAUCCUGGGCCGAUCGCUCGCCCCUCCACGACGCUGCCAGUCAAGGCCGUCUCCUGGCCCUGAGGACCCUCAUUUUACAGGGUCACAAUGUGAAUGUUCUGACUAUAGACCAUGUGACACCCCUUCAUGAGGCCUGUCUUGCCGACCAUGUUGCCUGUGCCAGGGCGCUCAUUGAUGCAGGAGCGAAUGUCAAUGCAUCUACAAUUGAUGGAGUCACCCCUCUGUUCAACGCCUGUACAGUGGGCAGUGUGGCUUGCACUGAAAUCCUUCUGGAAAAUGGAGCAAAACCCCAGAGCCUCGUGUACCAACCUUCACCAAUACACGAAGCAACCAGUAAAGGUCAUUAUGGUUGCGUUGAGGCCCUGGUGACUUGGGGCGCCGAUGUAGACAUGGACAUUCCUCACCUGGGCACAGCACUCUACACUGCCUGCAUCUGCCAAGAGCUGGAAUGUGCCAGGAAACUCCUCAGGGAAGGUGCAAACGUACAGAAAGGCAAAUCCUUGGACUCCCCUUUACAUGCAGCAGCAGAAAAAGACUGCACAGCUGUGGUGAAGUUGCUGCUUGAUUUUGGUGCAGAUAUUAAUGCCAGAAACACAGACUGUCAGAGGCCAGUAGACGUGGCUCCACCCAGCAGUCUAACAGAGGGCUUCCUGCUGCUUUAUGAAGCUACGCCACGCCUGCUGAGUCAGUUGUGUCGUCAGUGCAUCAGAAGCUGUGUUGGUCGAGACAGACUCCAUCUUCUUUCCCACCUUCCUCUUCCUAACAGGCUCAAGAACUACCUGCAGUACCAAUGACCAGCAAAACCAUUAAUCAUGUGUUUGAAUUGAAAGCUACCUUUAAUUAAAUAAGCAUAUCAACACCACAAAAUACAGAGCAGACUACUACAGAACAGAAACUGAAUAAAGGAAGUACCCAAAUUCACCAAAUCGACCCAUUUUCAAACUACAGAAACACUUUCACAUUGUGACUCAUUAUCGCAGGGAUGUCAUAUAAAAGUUGGGGUUUUUACGAUGAAUUGGAACCAUUCGUUUUUUUUAAUUUCAUUUAUUUUAAAAAUUAGAUCCUUACAAAGUUAGAGUUCUCAUUCAUGCUGCACAGCUGAUCGAACAUGUUUCCCUUACCAAGAAAUCAUCAACCUUAUCUAAAUUAAUUUAGUUCCUUGGAUGGUUUUAAUUGCCCCUAAGCUUUCAGACGGGUUAAUAUGGUGGCCCUUCCAGAAAGCUUUAUUUUAAUUCCUUCAGCCAUUUACAAACCUGUUGGAAUGGUCAACGAUAUCCAAGUUCCGACUACUUAACUGCUGAUUUUAGGUAAGGCAUAAGAACUAAGGUCUUUAUUUUUCAAAUAUACUUGUACCAUUGGCACCCAAAGAGAACCUCAGAAUGACACUACCACCACCAUACUUUACAGCUGAUACUAUGCCCAUCUUUAAAAGCCUCAGCUUGACUCUUCCAAACAUUUAUUUUUUGAUUGUAGACAAAAAAGCUCAUUCUUUGUGCUGGCUGACCAAAAAAUAUCUGUCCCCAAGGUAAUAGUUUGCAUGGGCAUCUGCAGAGAACAGUCCGGCUGGAAAAGGUGGAUUCUGGAGAAGGAUCUGUUUCAGCCUUCUCCAAUUUAUAAUAGUGUUGAGUCUGUAUACCAUUUUAGGGGGCUUUGUGAGUUAGGAGUGAAACUUGGACAUAGUUGGGUUUUCAGGUAGACACACACCCAAACUAGCUGUGGAAUGAAUAACCAGGCUGAUAUCAACCUUACAGUAUA